UCCCACCUGUGCGGGACUGCAAAGAAACACAGCAGAGAGCAUCUUCAGUCUACCUGUAAUAUUUCUCCUCUUGAAGUCCGAAUUUUGUAGAAUCUGUUGCUUCCCCCAGAAGGAACCGGCGUUUGCCUCUCAGACCGCCGGUACAACCAUGCGGCGGCUAUCCCUGACAACACAAAGGCUGCAGAGUGCCUCACAGGUUGAAAAGUUGCGCACAUUCCUUUCCGUCGGCCGUUUCUUCUCGGCGGCACCGGCGGCCGAGGCCGAAGCAACAUCCCCCGCCGCUGCCGCCGCCGCCGCCGCCACUUCCACAACCACUGUCACAACUGGCGGCAAGGAUACGCUGGGUCGAAGGCUCUUCAGCCUGGCAUACGCUAAGCGUAGCGCCGUAGUGGCUAUACGGAAAUGGCAGGAAGAGGGCCACCCCGUGCGCAAGUACCAGCUCAAUCGCAUUGUUCGUGAGCUCCGAAGGCUCAAGCGCUACAAACACGCUCUUGAGGUAUGUGAAUGGAUGACACUGCAACAAGAUGUUAAACUGUUACCAGGGGACUAUGCUGUCCACUUGGACUUGAUUGGAAAAGUUCGUGGUUUAGCUAGUGCAGAAAAGUUCUUUGAAGACCUUCCUGAGCGGAUGAGAGGCCAACCUACCUGCACUGCCCUUCUCCAUGCCUAUGUCCAGAACAAGGAGUCCGUUAAAGCCGAGGCUUUGAUGGAGAAAAUGGCUGAAUGUAAUUUCUUGAAGAAUUGUCUUCCUUAUAACCACAUGCUAUCUCUACACAUCUCAAAUGGGCAAUUGGAGAAGGUUCCAGGAGUGAUUCAGGAGUUAAAGAAGAAUACUUCACCUGAUGUUGUUACUUACAACCUAUGGUUAACUGUGUGCGCUGCACAAAAUGAUGUUGAAACUGCUGAAAAAGUCUUCCUUGACCUAAAGAAGGCCAAAAUAGAUCCAGAUUGGGUAACAUAUAGUGUGUUAACCAGUUUGUACAUGAAAGCAGCACUUCUUGAGAAAGCAGCAUCCACUUUAAAGGAGAUGGAAAAAAGGGCUUCUCGAAAAAAUCGAGUUGCUUACUCUUCUCUAAUUAGUUUGCAUACAAAUAUGACAAAUAAAGAUGGGGUUCAGCGAACAUGGAAUAAGAUGAAAUCACUCUUCCGCAAAAUGAGUGAUGCUGAGUACACCUGUAUGAUAUCUUCUCUAGUCAAACUUGAGUUGUUUGAAGAAGCCGAGAAUCUGUACACCGAGUGGGAGUCAACUUCUGGGACUGGUGACUCUAGGGUUGCAAAUAUACUCCUUGCGGCUUACAUCAACAAACAUCAGAUGGAAAUGGCCGAGGAAUUUUACAAUCGAAUGCUGCAAAGAGGAAUUACUCCUAGUUAUACCACUUGGGAACUUCUGACAUGGGGUUAUCUGAAGCAACAGCAGACAGAGAAAGUUCUCGAUUGUUUUAGGAAAGCUGUUGGUAGUGUGAAGAAAUGGAAUCCUGAUGAAAGAAUGAUUCGUGAAGUAUUUAGGAACCUUGAAGAGGAGGGCAACAUUCAUGGGGCAGAACAAGUUUUGAUCACUCUUCGGAAGGCAGGCCAUGUGACUACAGAAGUAUAUAAUUUGCUUGUGCGAACUUAUGCCAAAGCGGGUAAAAUGCCGCUUAUAGUUGCAGAGCGAAUGAAGAAGGACAAGGUUGAGUUGGAUGAAGAAACUAAUAAGCUUAUCAAGUUGACUAGCAAAAUGUCUAUAAGCGAAGUUUCAAGCAGUUUCUCUUUUGUUCAGUAAGUUUGAAUAUCGUUUGCUUAGUUGGAGAUGGCGUGAGUUUGAUCUGGAGUGCUGCACCAGCCUUUAUGCAACCUUUCUUUCAUGAAAUUGAAAGGAUCACUAGCUUAAAAACCUGUUAUGAAAUGGAGUGAGGCUUUUAUUUUCAGUUGCAUGAAGCAGAGAAGUGUACAGGGAGGGGGAGAGGCAGGUGGUGGUGAUUCAGAAUUGCCUGUCAAAAUGAAAUACUGGUGUCUGAUGACAAGUUUUAGAUUUUUUUUUUUUGGGGGUAGGGGAGUAUCUCCUGUUCUGGGUCAAAUUUUUUGGGAGAAGCAUCAGGCUUUUGGCCAAAGUAGGGGGAAAUUUUGUGGCAUUGUACUUGGCUUGCCAUCCUUACUGUAGAAUGAAAGAAGCACCAAAAUUUUAGUUAUCAAGCUAUGCCUUACUCGUGGGAUGGGGGUUUUUUCCUUUCAUCUCUUUGAGCUUUGGCUUUUGGGUU